GGUAAACACUUCUGUCCUGAUAUUCUGCUUGUUUCAGUCAUUUUGGAAGCUGACACCAAACUGGUCCCCACCAUCUCUCUCAGCUCCCAGCUGCCACUUGAGAAGGUCUCAACUCCCAGUGUCCACUACUCAGUUUUUAAUGCUUCAGGGAAGUGAUCCUGGAUCCCAGUUCUCAAAGCAGACAAACUUCCCUCUCAAGUCUUUCCAAUAUGCAUCCUUAAGGAAGUAAAGACACACAGGCUGGCCCUCAUCUGAGAAGCAACGAACAGCUGUAAACAGAAUAGUUAAUGAAUGAUUUCUUUUAUGCCUCAGUGCAAAAGAAAAAAGAAUCAGAAGUGGAUUUGUGUUCACCCCUUGAAUGGACUUUUGGAUGCAGAUGAGAGCGAGCAAAAAGAACGUCAGCACAUUGGCCUUGCUUCUGCAGGCGGAGGAGCACUAGGAUCCAUAACCCACGCUAUCUUGGAACAGGCAGAGGCCUCCAGGCCCCAGAGCAGCAGAGCAAUAGCCCGGCUGGGAAGAAGAGAUCGUCUCUGAACUUAGUGGUGUGUCUUGGCACAGAAGACUGAUAGUAAACAAGUAAACAGAGUUGUCAACUCUGGUAACCACAGGAGCAAAGCCUGCUCAGUGACAAGGAUGAGGACUCUUCCAGAGACCUGUGACCAGGAGCUGAGAACAGGUGCAAAGAAAGAACGAUGCCUUCAGGGGAAAAGCCUACUUCUGUGUACACUUCUCAGUACUCUCCUUGGCUUUACACUGCUUAUCGCCUACAUCAUGAUGACUUGUGGUCUAGGAUCCUGUGAUGCCGAACUGGGUCUUACACUAUUGGCCAGACUCCUGAAUUCUAGGAAUGACACUGUAGACCCCUGUGAGGAUUUCUACAAAUAUGCCUGUGGCAGCUGGGAAGGCAAACACUCAAGCAGAACCACAGAAGAAUCACUAAAUGUAUUUGAUGUGUUGUUGGAAGAAAACCAGUUGAUCCUGAAAAGGCUUUUAGAGGGCCCACAGUUUGGGAUAAGAGGCUCAGCUAAGGAGAAGGCAAUCCAGUUUUAUCACUCCUGCAUGGAUACACAACAGAUAGAAUCUCAAGGAAUUGAACCACUGAAGAACCUCCUAAAUCAGGUUGGUGGAUGGAAUAUCACAGGUGUGGGGAAAGCAAAAGAUUUUAAUGAAACUCUUCAAACUCUCAUGGGCAGAUACAACACCUUUCCCUUUUUCAGAGUCCAUGUGGGACCUAGUCCUUUUGACCUCAAGACCAAUAUUAUUCAGAUUGACCAUCCUGAGUUUGAGAUGCCACCUGAGAGUAAAUUCAAAGAGAAAAAUUAUCUUGAGGUUCUCCGUGUGUAUCUCUCAUAUUUGAAGAAGCUGGGGGGCCUCCUUGGAGGGCCACAGGAUGGUCCCCCUGAUUCCUUUUCCCUUACCUUGUCCUUCAUCUCUAACCUCCAGCAAGUUGUCACCCCACUGCAGGAAAGACGGCAGAGGGGGAUGCUGUUCUUUCGCACUACCAUUAGGGAGCUACAGGAAAAGGCACCUGCUAUUGACUGGCUGUCAUGUCUCCAGGCUGUUUUCCAUCCUAUGCCAAUGAACCUUUCUCAGCCAAUUGCAGUGCAUGACAUGGAAUACUUAAAAGGCAUGUCACAGCUCAUCAAACAAUGGCAGAAGGAAAGGGUCCUUCACAUUUAUAUGAUUGUUUGUCUGGUUGGGACUCUCUCCCCAGCCCUUGAUAGUCGAUUCCAAGAUGCACGCCUGGACCUAUCUAAGAUUCUGUAUGGAAAAAUGGGAUCUAGAAUGAUCCCAGCUGAGCGCUGGAGGAAGUGCUUGACUGAUACCAGUUCUUUCUUUGAGCCAGUUCUAGCACAGAUGAUUGUGCAAGAAAUUUUCCCUCAGCAGACCAAGGAACUAGCUGAGCAGAUGUUCUCUGAGAUCCAAGAUGCCUUCUAUGGCCAACUGGAUCAUUUGGAGUGGAUGGAUGAACAGACUCGCCAAGAGGCUAAAGUCUUGGUUUCCAAACUACAAGUAGAGAUCGGCUAUCCAGCUCACAUACUCCAGACUGCGAAAGUGAACCUGGAAUAUCAGAAUUUGGAGAUAAAUGAAGACAGUUUUUUCCUCAAUGUGGUGACUUGCUUGAAAGUACUGAGGGAAAAUUCCUACUUGAAACUCCUUCAACAUCACUCACAGGAUAACUGGCAUGUGUCCCCCUGGACUGUGCAUUCAUACUACUCAAUAAGGCACAACAUGGUGGUCUUUCCUGCUGGAAUGUUCCGCAGCCCUUUUUUCCACACGGCGUUUCCCAGUGCUGUGAACUUUGGAGCCAUCGGGUUCUUCAUGGCGCAUGAACUUCUUCAUGUAUUCUAUGGUUAUGUGCUGCCUGGGGGAUGCCCUACAUGCAACAGGAGUGCACUACAGAAGUCUAUAGACUGCUUGGUUGAACAGUAUGAAAGCUAUGACUUUAAGGUCAAUGGUACUUUUACACUCUUGGAGAAUACAGCUGACACUGGAGGGCUCGCCAUUGCUUACCAGGCCUAUAAGAAUUGGCUGAAAAAGCACAAAGAAGAGAAGGAUUUACCUGAGAUCGGACUUUCACGUGACCAGCUUUUCUACCUCAGUUUUGCUCAUGUAAUGAAUUCUAGGCUAGUCAUAUGUCUCUCUCACUCUCCAUUGUCUUCCACAUUAUUACAGUUUGUCUUUCUCAAUAUUCAAUCACUUUUCCCCCUCUUCACAGAACUGGGAAUGACCGAUGUUUCUGAGAGAUCCAGAAUCUUAUUCAGAAAGCUAAAAUUCACAUAUAGGGCCCCUAACCUGUUAUGGAUCUCAAAGGCAAUGUGUGGACACCAGGAUCCUGAGAAACUAGAGUCUUCCCUGAACACAGAUCCGCACAGUCCCUUGCCACUUCGUGUCUGUGGGCCUGUCAGCAAUAGCCAGGACUUUGCUAAGCACUUCGACUGUUCCAGUGGAUCGCCAAUGAACCCAGACAACAAGUGCCACAUCUGGUAAUCUGCAUGGAAAAGGAGGAAGAGCGAUAUGACCCCAGGGAGAGGAAGGCCUGAUCCAUGAAAGUAUGACCAUCUUCUCUGUGCCCCUAGGGUGACAUGGUGCUCUCAUUCACUCCUCUACCUUCCUUUUCUUGUUAUCUUUUCCUCAGCAGUUGAUGGUAGCAAAAUUCUUAAACUGAGCUCAUAAGGGAAGAAGGUCUCCUCCUACUGCUCUCAGCACUCUGUCCCAGAUGCGAGAACUCUGGAGUUUAGCAAGUCCCAAGGUAGCAAGAUGACUGGCCAGUCUCUAGUAGGCAAGAACUUCUGAGGAGUUGUAAACAGAAGGACUGGUACAAUAUUAGUCCCUCUGGUCAGUGCACUUCCCUGUCUACUACAGCAGCCUCACAGUCAUGAUGAAUGGAGAGGGCAAUAAGCUAAGAAUUGUUCAUAUAAGAUUGGCUCUUAGGGAAAUUCUAUGGGUUACCUGCAAACCACACAGGUAAGUUACCAGAGAGGGAAGAAUCCUCUUCUUUUCUUCUGCCAAUAAAUGGAGAAAUGUAAUAGGAAAGACUCAGUGGCUCUAGGUUCUAGGUUCUAGGUCACUUAAUAAUGAAGGUUACUGAAGGCUUCCCUGUUCCGUUUUUUGUUUCAUCAGCAAAACUCCUAAGAGACAAAAGAGGAAAGCAUCCUCAUUGAUGGCAGGGUGAUUGUGAGCUGAGAACAGAUUAUCUUUCUUCUUUGAUUCUCUUUUUUAGUCUCUAUUUAGGGAUGAGAGUAUGGUUGAAGGUGGAGUAUGGGACAGUCACAAGGGCUUCUAGAAGUCUCUGAAGACUGAACAGUUAGAAUUCCAAGAACUGCUCUGGAUCCUGAACUUGGUCCUCUCAUCCCUAAAAGUUCACUCAUCCCUACAUUUGUAAAUAUUUACCAUCUGAAUAGAGGAGUAGAGCCGCUGUAGGAUUUUACUUCAUACUUGAAAUUGAAUUUUAGGUAUUAAUUUACUUUAGAGGAAAAAGACAGUAAGAAGUAAUAUAUUUUAGGGUAGCAGAGGAAGUGCUUAAAGCACAAUCUCAAGAGCAAUCUAAUAAUUACAUCAAUUUCAGGUUCCGAUAAUUAGAAACUUUAUACCAAUGUUGUAAAAUUUGCCAAAGUUAGUAAGUAUACAAAAUACUCCUACCUUUUGCAUACUCUGCAAACCGUUCUUCAUUAUGGAAGCAUUUUUAUUUUACUUAUUAUAUUGGCUGCUAGGGGAUUGUGAAAUAGGUGAUGGCCAGUGGAAACAUCCCUUAUCAAUGUAAGCUUUGUAAGAAUUGUGAAAAUCCUAAUAACUGUGUUAAUCCUUUCCAAGUGUUGACCAAUGCAGCAAAAUAUUUUCGAGGAACAGACUGUUCAGAGAUUUUGUUUUCAUUAAUUAAACAAAAUAUGAAUAAAAUGUUUGCUUCAGAGAAAAAAAUUACUUUGAUUGCAAGCUCUUUAUCACCAGGCCUGUUUCUUUCUUCUGUAUUUGUACUGUUCCCAGCAUGACUGGAGUUCUUAGCUGAACUUCACAAGUAAUAAAUAAUAAUACCUCAAAAUAAUUUGAUAAAAAAUAACAAAA